AUUGCAGUUGAAAAGUUUUCAUCGGGCAUUGAAUCAUUGGACUUUAACGAUUCGAAUAAAAGUGCCCGUACAAUCAAUGCUUUUGUUGAAGCGAAUACUAAUCGAAUGAUCAAGGAUUUCAUCAAACCACAAAUGCUCAACUCGGAUACUCGUCUUGUUUUGGUAAAUGCCAUUUACUUCAAAGGCACUUGGAAGUAUCAAUUCAAUAAAUUGGCCACCCGUAAUGGCGACUUUCACAUUAAUGAAACUGUUAAAAAUCGCGUUGAAUACAUGACCAUCAAGAAAUGUUUCGAUUAUGGAGAACUGGAUGGUUUGGAUGCGAAGGCUCUUGAAAUUAAAUACGCUGACUCGAACUUUUCGUUUUUAAUUAUUUUGCCGAAUAGUCGUAGUGGCCUGUUGGCUUUGGAAGGAAAAAUAGAAAAUUAUAAGCUGAAUGAUAUUACAAGUCAGAUGAGGUUGACCACUUGUAGCGUUACGAUUCCGAAAUUUAAAGCAGAAUUUGAAAUCGAUCUGGAGAGUGUUUUGAAGACGUUGGGCAUGGCUGAGAUGUUUGAUACAAAAAGUGCAAAUUUUACGGAUCUCUUGGAAGCCAAUGAGCAACUUUAUGUGUCAGAUGUCAUUCACAAAGCCAUCAUCGAAGUGAAUGAAGAAGGUUCAGAAGCUGCUGCCGCAACUGAAAAAAAGGUAAAGGUGUGCUGUUCUGGACGCCGAAUUCCAAACUAUACAAUAUUCCGUGUAGAUCAUGCGUUUUUGUUCCAUAUUAUUGACAAAGAAUCCAAUACAAUCAUCUUUAGUGGUCGCGGUGAAAAUUUGAAAACGCAAACUAAUUGAUGACUCAAAAAAAAUCAAUCAAGGCUUUUGGACCGAACUUAUAAUUUAAUUAUAUGAAAAAUAUGUUUACUCUCAAAAUCAAUCAAAUAAUAAUGUAUUCGCUUAAAAAAUAAUAAUAACGCUAAUAAUAGGUAUAAACUGGUAACAUUACACAGCAGGAAAUGAAAGCAAGCAUUCUGAAAAAUAAUGAAAUAAAGAGAUAACAUACAGAUACACCAUAUUACAAGGCACUAUCAAACUUGUUUAACUGAAUGGAA